GUUGAAACUUGAAAGCCAGAGGUGUUCAACUAUAAUAAUUACAAUGAAACUGUGCUUGGCUGCAGCUUUAUUAUUAAUAUGUAUCGUUUCGAUAUAUGAGGCCUCAAUUUUGAAAAAGGGAAUUGCAAAAGAUGUUAAAGAUUCAGUAACUUCUGUCGGCAAACAACUUGCAGAAGGAAUUAAAGAUAAAGUGACAUGCGCAAUACCUGAUGGUGUUAGUGAAGCCUCAAGAGUUGCACUUCUACAGAAAUGUGCCUCUAAGGAAGAAGAUGGGUCUUGUUAUGAUGAGCUGGGCUGUUUUCCUAUGGGCAGUCCUUGGGUUUCAACGUUGAGGCCUGUCCCAGCACCUUAUGAACCUGGAGAUAUAGACACCUCGAUGAUCCUUUACACAAGGAAAUAUCAAAAAGGUUCUCCAGUUUCUUUGUGGCCCGUGCCUCAAUUCGAUAAGCAAGUAUAUAAUAAGGACCGGCCAAAGACUAUUUUUAUCACCCAUGGUUUUGCCAGCAAUGGUGAAGCAGAUUGGAUAUUGAACUUGAAGGACGUCCUCUUAAAAAAAACGGAUGCUAAUGUUUUUAUUGUGGACUGGAAAAACGGUUCUUCAUUGAUGAAUUAUUUUCAAGCUGCAUCAAACACUAGGAUUGUGGGUGCAGAAAUUAAUAGAUUUGCCCAGAAAUUAAUUGAGGAUGGACUAGAUGUUAAAAAAAUUUACCUCAUAGGACACAGUUUAGGUGCCCACACGAUGGCCUAUGCAGCUAAACGUAUCAAAAAUGUAAAUAAUCAAACUGACUCUACAAAUGGGACUAGAGUGGGUCGACUCACAGCCCUUGACCCGGCUCAGCCCUGUUUUGAAUUUACUGACUCUUCAGUCCGAUUGGAUAGCGAAGAUGCUGAUUUUGUCGAUGUCUUUCACACGGAUGCGAGACCAUUUCUACCACUAUUUGGGUUUGGCAUGAUGUCACCUGCUGGAGACGUUGACUAUUAUUUUGCUGGAGGAAGCCUUCAACCCGGAUGCAUCUCAAAUGCUUUACCUAAUAAAAUUACCUCCUUGGAAGAUAUAAGAAACAUGACUGUGGAAGUAAUUGACGGAAUAGUGAGCUGUUCCCAUGGACGAUCCCAUCAAUACUUCACUUCUUCAUUGAAUUUCAGUGAAUGUGGAUUUGUUGGAAGAAAAAUUUCAAACCUUGAAAAAGUUUUAAAUGUUGCCAGUCUAGGAAUAGCUAAAUAUUUUACAACACCGAUCGCCAAAAUGGUUUCGGAAAAAAAUGAAACAGUUGUUGGUUAUGAAUCAGAAUUUAUUCCAGCUAGAGGAAAUUUCCUUAUGGAAAUUAAAAACACCAAGCCACCAUUUUGUGAUUCUUCCAUGGAAUUUAAGGAAAUCAAGAACGCUAUAUUUAAAGCAAUAAAAGAUAGGGUUUCAUUUUCAAAAAGUUAACAGUACAAAAAUAAUUGUGACUAUAUAAAUUAUUCAAAGUACAAUUUUUGUAAAAUAACAAUAAUAUUUUAAAUGAAUGAAUAAAUUUUUCGACAACCUAGAAUUAAUUUAUAGGUAAAUAUGAUGCUAUAAGCAAACUCAUACAAUUAAGAAAGAAGAUAUUAAAUCAUUUAUUGUAUUUUAAUACAGUUACAUGCCAAUUUUUAUUAAAUAAAAUAUUAACAUAAA